GGCGGAGGGAGGACACCGCGGAGAGCAGAGGAGAGCGGUCUCCGCCCGCGCCAGGGCCGCUCUGGAGGGAGAGGCCGCCGGGUGGGCAGCCCGCGCCGCCGCCGCGGACACCCGGCCUUCUGGAGCCCGAGGCUGCCCACCUGCCACCUGCCGCCGCUGCCCUCGGCUGGUGCCCGCGCCCUGCCCUGAUUGCCGGCCUGGGAAGGCACCAUGCAGCUGGAGAUCAAAGUGGCCCUGAACUUCAUCAUCUCCUACUUGUACAACAAGCUGCCCCGGCGCCGGGCAGACCUGUUUGGGGAGGAGCUGGAGCGGCUCUUAAAGAAGAAAUACGAAGGCCACUGGUACCCCGACAAGCCCCUGAAGGGCUCCGGCUUCCGCUGCGUCCACAUCGGGGAGCUGGUGGACCCGGUGGUGGAGCUGGCCGCCAAGCGGAGCGGCCUGGCAGUGGAGGAUGUGCGGGCCAACGUGCCCGAGGAGCUGAGUGUCUGGAUCGACCCUUUCGAGGUGUCCUACCAGAUCGGCGAGAAGGGGGCUGUGAAAGUGCUGUACCUGGACGACAGCGAGGGCUGCGCGGCCCCGGAGCUGGACAAAGAGAUCAAGAGCAGCUUCAACCCUGACGCCCAGGUCUUUGUGCCCAUCGGCAGCCAGGACAGCUCCCUGUCCAACUCCCCCUCGCCCUCCUUCGGCCAGUCUCCCAGCCCCACCUUCAUUCCGCGCUCCGCCCAGCCUAUCACUUUUACCACCGCCUCCUUCGCCGCCACCAAGUUCGGCUCCACCAAGAUGAAGAAGGGGGGCGGGGCGGCCGGGCCGGGGGCCGUGGCCAGCGGUGGGGCCGGCGGCCAGCAGCCCCCCGCGCAGCAGCCUCGCCCGGCCCGCUCGCCCACCAGCGGCCUGCUGAAGCACAGGAGCCUCUCCCUGUCCGUGCACGCGCUGAACCUCACGGCCCCCGGCCCGGCCCCGCAGUCCCAGCUCUCGCCCAACGCCAAGGAGUUCGUGUACGGGGGCGGCUCGCCCGGCCUCUUGGACGGCGCGGACGGCCCGGCCAGCGGGGCCGGCACCGGCGGCGGCUUCGACGUGGCCCAGGUGUUCGGAGGCGGCGCCAACAGCCUCUUCCUGGAGAAGGCGCCCUUCGUGGAGGGCCUCAGCUACAACCUCAGCGCCAUGCAGUACCCCAGCCCGCCCUUCCAGCCCGUCGUGCUGGCCAACUGACCGCCCCUCCCCCCGCGGGCCGGCAGCACCCGAGACCACAGAAGAGAAAAAGGAAAGGAAAGGCCAAAAAAAGAGGAAAAGAAAAAUAC